UCUAAUCAUCUGCCAAAGAAACCCAAUAUUAGAGCGCAGCCUAAUUAAAAUAUUUGUGUUUUGUUUUUUUACCCCAGCUGCCAUUGAUGAACCACACGAUCAAACCGUUGACGAGGGGUUUAUAAUCUAAUCAAACGGUGUAAAACCGGUGAAACACGCGUGUACAUACACCAUCCCGCAUUUGAUAAUUUUAGAUUUUAAGUUUAAAAAAUCCUGAGGAUGUUGCCUUGAAAGAGUCUCUCAUUGACUUGACUCUUUCCUAUAAAUACACCUUUCCACUCUCUCUUCUCCACUGUCAAAUCAAAUCCCUCUUCCUCUUCAAUUCUCUGUUUCCUCCAAAAUGGCUACACCAAACGAAGUAUCAGCUCUUUUCCUCAUCAAGAAGUAUCUCCUCGACGAAUUGUCUCCGUUGCCUACUACUGCCACCACCAAUCGAUGGAUGAACGAUUUCACGUCAUUUGAUCAAACCGGUUUCGAGUUUUCUGAAUUUGAAACCAAACCGGAAAUAAUCGAUCUCGUCACUCCCAAACCGGAGAUUUUUGAUUUCGAUGUGAAAUCUGAAAUUCCAUCUGAAUCGAACGAUUCCUUCACGUUCCAAUCGAAUCCUCCUCGCGUUACUGUUCAAUCCAAUCGAAAACCGCCGUUGAAGAUCGCACCACCGAACCGAACCAAGUGGAUUCAAUUCGCAACCGGAAAUCCUAAACCGGAACUUCCCGUACCGGUUGUAGCAGCAGAGGAGAAGAGGCAUUACAGAGGAGUGAGGAUGAGGCCGUGGGGGAAAUUCGCGGCGGAGAUUCGAGACCCGACUCGUCGUGGAACUCGUGUUUGGCUCGGGACGUUUGAGACGGCGAUCGAAGCGGCUAGAGCUUACGACAAAGAAGCGUUUAGACUACGAGGAUCAAAGGCGAUUCUGAAUUUCCCGCUUGAAGUUGACAAGUGGAAUCCACGCGCUGAAGAUGGUCGUGGCCUGUACAACAAACGGAAGAGAGACGGCGAGGAGGAGGAAGUGACGGUGGUUGAGAAAGUGCUAAAGACGGAGGAGAGUUACGACGUUAGCGGCGGCGAGAAUGUUGAGUCAGGUUUGACGGCGAUAGAUGACUGGGAUUUGACGGAGUUUCUGAGCAUGCCGCUUUUAUCGCCGUUAUCUCCACACCCACCGUUUGGUUAUCCACAAUUGACCGUUGUUUGAAUUCUAUUUUUCUGUUUGGGUCAGCUUGUUGUAUGCUGACGUGGAAUUAUGCUAUAUCUUUUGCUUAUUUUAUGUUCACAUUCGAGCAAAAUUUAUUCAUUCGUUUAUUUGUUUUUUAAUACAACUCUUGAUAUUUCUAAAUUCUAACC